ACGACGGGAAUAAACCACAAUUUGAGUUCAACAUGGCAGACAAGGAUAGCGUGGAGAAAUACCUGGAGAACAACCCGCAGUUCGCCAAAGAAUACUUUGAUAAGAAGUUGCGCGCCGAAGCCCUGUCCGCCGCCUUCUCUGCGCCGCUCGACAUCAAAGACACCGCUUCCUUCAAGGAUCUUAAUUCUGUGCAAGAGUCCGGCCUCAUCUUUGAGUUGGUCCAAGAGCUGCAUAAACAGGCAGUCCCGAUGGAGCAAUCCCUCCACAAAGUGUUGCAGAGAGUCGCCCUGAUAUUACAGGCCGACAGGGUCAGCUUUUACGCGUGCCGGUCCAGAAAUGGAAUCCCUGAGCUCGCCACUUGCCUCUUUGACGUGAACCCGACGUCCAAGUACGAGGCAAACCUGGUCAAUCCGCAGGGGGAAAUUGUGUUCCCUCUGGAGAUGGGUAUCGUCGGACACACCGCGCUCUGCAAAAAGCCUCAAAAUGUUCCCGACAUCUCAGCGAAUAAAAAGUUCUGUGACUUUGUGGACAGACAGACCGGAUACAAGACAAAAUGCAUGCUCACUUUCCCUCUGGUGGCUGACAAAGAGUGCCUUGGCGUCGUCAUGGCACUAAACAAAAUAGGAGCUGAUACGUUCUCUGCAGAGGAUGAGACGCUCUUCCACAAGUACAUGAACUUUGCUCAAGUCAUCGCCCUGCAGCAUUACACAGCCUACAUGUUCAACGUGGAGUCCAGAAGGAGUCAGGUGCUUCUGUGGUCGGCCAGUAAAGUGUUUGAGGAGUUGACAGACAUUGAGAGACAGUUCCACAAAGCGCUCUACACUGUAAGGACCUAUUUACAAUGCGAACGAUACUCAGUGGGUCUGUUGGACAUGACCAAAGAGAAGGAAUUCUAUGAUGAAUGGCCUGUGAAACUGGGAGAUGUGGAACCCUAUAAAGGACCAAAAACACCAGACGGCAGGGAAGUCAUCUUUUACAAGAUUAUUGACUACCUCCUGGAAGCGAAAGAAGAAAUUAAAGUCAUACCGGGUCCACCUGCAGAUCACUGGGCUCUAGUUAGCGGGCUACCCACCUAUGUGGCAGAGAACGGCUUUAUUUGCAACAUGAUGAACGUGGCUUCAGAUGAUUUCUUCACUUUCCAGAAAGAGGCUGUGGAUGACACAGGUUUUGUCAUCAAGAACGUCUUGUCGCUGCCCAUCGUCAACAAGAAGGAAGAAAUAGUGGGUAUCGCCACUUUCUUCAACAGGAAAGAUGGCAAGCCGUUUGAUGAGCACGAUGAGCAGAUCACUGAGGCCCUGACACAGUUCUUGGGUUGGUCGGUGCUGAACUGUGACACCUACGACAGGCUGAACCGCAUGGAGUACAGGAAAGACAUCGCCCAGGAGAUGCUCAUGUACCAGACCAAAUGCACCACUGAUGAGAUGCAGUCCAUUCUGAACACCAAAGAGAAGUUUGACGCUGACCCUGAAGACUGCGAGCAGAAAGACAUGUACAAACUAUUGAAAGCAACAUGCCCGCCAGCGGACAAUGUCAAUGGAGAGAAUCUGUACCUGUUCUCCUUCAGCGACUUCCCCGUCACAGAGCAUGACCUCAUUAAAUGCGGAAUUCGCAUGUUCUUUGAGCUGGGAGUCGUUGAAAAGUUUAAAGUUCCGGCAGAGACUCUGACCAGGUGGAUGUACACAGUGAGGAAGGGUUACCGUGCCAUCACCUACCACAACUGGAGGCACGGCUUCAACGUGGGCCACACCAUGUUCUGCCUGCUGCAGACAGGAAGGCUGAGGAAGUACUAUUCUGAUCUAGAUGCCUUCGCCAUGGUAGCCGCUGCUUUCUGCCACGAUAUCGACCACAGAGGGACCAACAACCUCUACCAGACAAAGAGUCAACAUCCUCUGGCUAAACUUCAUGGCUCCUCCAUUAUGGAGAGGCACCAUUUGGAGUACAGUAAGACACUCAUGGGAGAGGAGAGCCUCAACAUCUUCUGCAACCUGCAGAAGCGUCAGUUUGAGAACGUGCAGCAUUUGUUUGAUGUCUGCAUCAUCGCCACCGACCUGGCCCUUUACUUCAAAAAGAGAACCAUGUUCCAGAACAUCGUGAAUGCCACAGAGCCAAUGGCGGAUGAAAAGGAGGCCAUUGCUCACAUUUCCAACAACCCAACAAGGAAGGAAAUUAUCAUGGCCAUGAUGAUGACAGGUUGUGACUUGUCAGCUAUUACCAAACCCUGGGAGGUUCAGAGCAAGGUGGCUCUGAUGGUCGCUGCUGAAUUCUGGGAACAAGGAGACUUGGAGCGAAAUGUUUUGGACCAACAACCAAUUCCAAUGAUGGACAGAAACUGUGCCGAACAGCUACCCAAGAUGCAGUGUGGAUUCAUUGACUUUGUGUGCUCGUUUGUAUACAAGGAGUUCUCGAGGUUCCACAAGGAGAUCACACCCAUGUUCGAUGGCCUGAACUACAACCGGGCACAGUGGAACGCGCAGGCCGAGGUGUACAAUGCAAAGAUGAAGGCCAUUGAGGAAGAGAAGAAGAAACUAGAGGAAGAGGAAGCUAGAAAAGCAGGAGGUGGAGAUGGCGGGAAGUCGAAGACCUGCACCAUCUGCUAAGUCACUGCAGUGCUUGGAUCCGGACUGAUGCGGUCGGGUUAGGACCAAGCUAGGCUACGCUAGCCUAAUCUUGUCUGACAACUAGUCUAGUUGGAGCUUGACUCGACUAGCUCGGUCUGGUCUGAUCUACACCAGUAUAGUUCACUCUCUGGUUAGGUGCUGUCCGCUCUGGUGCAGGCCAGCCCUGCUUUUGUCUGGUCUGGAACAGUCUAGCCUAAGCUUUAGUCUAGCAUAGUCAGGUCUGGUCUGCGGUGCCGGCCUAACUCUUCUCCAAGGAGGGAAGAGUCAGAAACAUCACCAAGAAGAAGUUACGUUGGGACUCUUGACUGCAAGAGAAGCUGUUUGACUCUGAUGUCUUUGAAACUUCCUCCGUCUUCUGCGUCUGCAUGAACAUUUGAAAAAACCAAUAUCUACAUGGACAACAUAUAUCUCCCUUUAAGGUAGCAAUAAUGGAAGUGUUUGUGACAUGUAUGGUUUGAAACCGUGGUUGUAUUUGCUCAUAAGCUGUUACCAAAUGUUCCAAGUCCAGCUAAUGUACAGAUCCAAACUCUUUUAGUAGCACUAAAGGUUGUACGAUGCACUUAGCUGCUGCUGUUUGGCAGUGGCAGGCCAUGUCUGGUUGAUGAGGGACAAAUAGAACAAAACUUUAUACUCUCGGGAUUUGGGGUAUGUUUCUGGUUUUCGGUUGAAGUAGUAUAAAAUGUGAAAAUGCAAAGAAUCUGUUCAUGCUGUUCGACAAACCUUGGAUUAGGGUGGUGAUAGUCAACAAGGGCUGAUGUUCUCUUACCUCAAAAGGCGCUGACGAAAUUGUAAACGGGUGUAUUUAUUUUAAUAUGCAAUCUAUCUAUAUAAGUAUUUAUUUUUUAGUUUCAUUGUCUGAGAAUUUUCUACUUGAACUGUCGUCAUGGAUGGAGAGUUUGAGUGCAGCUUUGAGAGGGAAGGCGUUGUGAAUCUGCCAGGAAAGGCAUUCUAACAUCACGAAGGUGUUGAACUUAACUUGUCCGCUUAAAAAAAAAAAAACUCAGCUUUUUUUUUUUGUCCAGAAAAUGUGGACGAAUGA